GGGUGUCCCUGUUUCCUUUUUACUCCACAGUUUUUCUUCUUUUGUUCUUUCUUUGUGUUCCCUCUUUAUAAAUAAAGGUCGGAAGCCCUCUCUCCCGGCAGGCUUUGCACCGGAAAAGCCAUUACAUUAAUAGGAUUUGGGAACACGACGUCCAGGGACACGGACAAAAAUGGGAAGGAGCAGAGCAUCUCUGCAUCUAGCGCUGUUCCCGUUCCCUUUGCAGGGGCACAUCACCCCCAUGAUGCAACUCGCGUCUCUCCUCCACUCCAGAGGCUUCUCCAUCACCAUCGUUCAUGCCCACUUCAACGCCCCCGACCCCAGAAACCAUCCCCACUUCCGCUUCGAGUCCUUCGCCGACGGCAUAGACCCCGACCUCGUCGCCGGCAUGGGCAUAAUGGACCAGGUCUACACCAUCAUCGCACAUUGCGAGCAGCCGUUGGUGUCUCUGAUGAAGCGAAUCCAGAGCGGCGACGAGUUCGUGGACUGUAUUGUGUCGGAUUCCUUGUAUUCCGGCGGGCGCGUCGCCGGGGAACUGGGGCUGCCGUGGGUGGUCCUGCGGACGAACAGCCCCACCUCCUUCAUGCUUUUUGGUUCCUUCGUUUUGCUGCAUCAGCUCGGCUACCUUCCGGUCAAAGAUCCAGAAGCCAUGAUCAAGGAGCUGCCACCAUUCCGAGUGAAGGACCUGCCGAUAGUCGAGGACAAUCAAACUGAACGCUUUUUCAAGACAAUGACGGAGGUGGUGGACUCGACCUUGAAGUCAUCGGCCAUACUGAUGAACUCCUUUGACAAAUUGGAACAGCCGGCCCUCGAUUGGAUCCGGUCCAGAACACAGGCGCCUGUAUACCUGUUGGGUCCUCUGUGCGCUACUUACUCUGCAGCCAACCCCGGCACCAUGUUCCAGCAGGACCGGAGCUGUUUGACUUGGCUCGACCGGCACGCCCACGGAUCCGUGAUCUACAUCAGCAUUGGGAGUGUGGCCACGAUGAGCCCGGCCGAGUUGGUCGAGCUGGCUCAAGGCUUAGGAGACUGCCAACAUCCUUUCUUGUGGGUGAUACGGCCCGGUUCGGUCAAGUCGGAGGAGUCGGUUCGAUUUCUUGACCGGUUCGCGGACGAGACUAAAGACAGAGGGUGCAUGGUCAAGUGGGCGCCACAGACCGAGGUGCUGGCGCACCCGGCGGUCGGCGUGUUCAUGUCGCACUGCGGCUGGAACUCAACACUGGAGAGCAUAUGUGCAGGGAAGCCCAUGUUAUGUUGGCCUGCUUUUGGUGACCAGAAGGUGAAUACUAGGAUGAUUUGUCAUGUAUGGGGCAAUGGUAUGGAGAUGGGAGAGAAGCUUGAGAGUGAGAAGGUCAAGAACAGUGUAAGGGAAUUGAUCAUGGGGGAGAAGGAAGGGAAGAAGAUAAGAGAGAAGGCUAGGCUUUUGCAAGAACUUGCCCUUGAUAGUUUGAAGGUUGGAGGAUCAUCCCACACUGCGGUCAAUGAGUUGAAGGCUCACAUCUCCUCUUUGAACUCACCUAACUGUGAGUCCAAUUAACAGUAUCCCGAGGCACCAAGCAGACUUCCUGAUUUUACAAUAUAAAUAUAUAUCUCGUGUAUACAUUUUUUCCCCCAGUUUUUUAAGUAGUUGAAGUACACAAUAAAUAAAACAUUAUAAGCAA